UUUAUUGACAAGCAACUAUUAUCUACUUGAUUACUUCAGAAAAAAUCUUCGUGCAACAAAUAAAUUGAAAAAUGUGAUAGAAACUAGCUAAAUUAACCCUAACAACACUGUGCUGGUGUUUGAGCUUAUCUAUAUUUUCAAAUAUCAAAUAAAAUGGUAGACACCGUAAUUUAUGCACAAAUUUUCUAGUGUUCACUUUAUAAUGGAUGCAUCGGCAUCAACAAAACCAGAUGCCGAUAUUAGCAAUUUAUAUGGUUUCUUUUUAAAAAUAGACGAUAGCAGUUACACAGCACCAAUUAAGCAAAAGAGCACAGUUACUAAAUACACGAAGCUUCCAGAUUUUGAUUUUGACUCCAAAGCGUCAUGGGCUCCUCACAGCUACACACUCCAACCAAGACUAAGACGCAUCAUUACACUUGAAAAUGAUGAUAAUAUAUUGACUGGACAUAGAUCAUUGAAGUCGCAUUUCACUGGUCCACCCAGGAUUAUGGCUGCUCCAGCAGCUCCAAAUCAUACAAAAAGAAAAAUUGUUACCAUCACAGAAGAUGAUGAAAACGAUCUUCAUCUAAAAUUUUCUAAAGAGAAAAAGCCAUUUCCUGUGAAAACAUCAAACAGAGCUGUGGUAGCUGAUUUUAAAGAGAAACAAUCCCCCAAUAGAACUACAUCAAGGUUAACAAAUUCAACUAAAUAUUCUAAAGAAGUAAAAACAAGUGCCAAAACAAAUAGUGCACAUAAUAAGAAGGAAGUGAUUGCACCUGCACAAAGUUAUAGAAACAGAAAUACUAAUAGUUCAAGUCUCGAUAAUAGUAAAGCAAGAAAUGUUAAAGAUAAAGAAAAAGAAACAUCAAGAAAAAAUUUGAACCCAACAUCAAAAAAUAGUGUAAGUAAAAAUUGUGUAGCACCAAGUGAAAGUGAAAAAGAAGUAACAAAUUUAAAACAUAUGCUGUAUGAUAAUCUAAAAAGCAAAUCGGUAACUUACAAACGACCUGUAGAAAAACCUAAAACAAACAAAUUACCAUAUUUACAAAACAAGUCUAAAGUGGGUUUUAUAAAAGAUGUCCCCAAUAAGGAAAGAUCUCCGACAGUAAUACAUGUUCCGCUUGAUGAAAAGUAUAAGAAGAAAGACAAAAAGUCUGCUACUGUACCCUAUGUGGCCCCUCUCAAAACCACUGUCGACUGCUGUAUCGAAACUGACGAUAUCGUCCACUAUAAAGAUGCGGAUGUAUCCACCGACCCGAUGCCAACAACGAUGCACCGCGACACAGAUAUGGAAGAUUUUGAAAUCAAUACAAUAACCAGAUGCGAAAGUACUAUACAAACGGAUCCUAACAAACUAACAUUCGAUAGUCUCGAAAUACCAAAUGUAUCGUUAACCAAGGAUAAGUGCGAACCCAAAGAGGAUCCUAGAACCUUAGACUCAACAUCUUUGCCAAAUCUUAAAGUGCCGCCUUUAAAAAUAGUCCCUCACAAUGAAGAAGUGAAUUCUAGUGAUAUAAGUAUUUGUCAAAGUGCCUCUUAUAUUAUUAGCCAUGCUACCUUAACGUACACUACUAAACAAAAGUUCAACUUCCAAAUUGUUGGUAGCGACGAAGAAGUCAAACCAACUCUUCCGCCUAGUCCAUUAAAUUACCCUGUGAAUGUUGUGUCUGUAUUCAAGAAUGAAUUUAAAAAUAAGAAUGUGAGUGAAAGCGAAUCUUCCGACGAUUCGUACAACAAAAAGGAAACUACACAAGAGGAGGAAUAUCUUAACCGUUUAAAUGAUCUGAAGACUCUUAAUUGCUCGUACGUCUUUAACAAAUUAAUGAAACCGUCGGAUAUAAUUAGCACAAUAAGAGUUAAUAACGGUCUAUUACAGAACGACUACAUAUGUGAACAGUUCCAGAGGGAACUCAACUUUAUAGAUUCAUUCUUUGAAUCGUUACAGUAUCUGGAGAGUUGCUCGCUCUCUGACAAAUGUUACCCCGAAAACAAAGUAGAAAACUUUGUCAAUAAUUCUGUGUUAUUUGACUCCACAUUCGAUGUCAAGAAUUCAGAGUACGACAAUUUCUUAUCGAAACUUGAAAAUGGCGCGAAUAUUGACGACACCGAAACAAUGGCAUCAAAGAGUCUUUGUCUGCUUAAUUUACUCAUUCGUGAUGAGCAAAGACGAGCAAAGAAUCUCUUAUUCGUAUUGAAAAUGCGAGAAGAUGCGCUAAAAGACUUUACGAAAUCUCAAAUACUUUGGUUAGAGAAAAAGAAAAAACACGACAACACUGACAUAUCGACGUUGAAGAAGAAACAGCGCGGUGCAUUGCUCAAGCUGCAACACGAGUGUGGGGAGAUGCAACGUAUGCGCAAAGCUUUGCUCACACUCUCCGAGAAACGCAAGGUUGCCCUUAUGAAAACCAAGAAGAAUAUAGAGUUAAAACUUAAAAAUAACGUCGAUGUGGAACAGAUUAUUCUUGGCAAAAGGAAGUUAAAGCGAAGCUCUAGCUUCGACAGGAACGCCGCUCCGUUGAAAUGUUUUGAUUUGUCGAGUAGUGGGUGUGAAGAGAGUACCACUUCUAAAGUUACCUCGGAUGCAUCUAUAAUCCCGGCGGAGGUCCAUGAUUCGGUGGUGAGUGUGCUCAGUGCAGAGAAGUACGUACAGACCAGCGACACGCCAGGCGCCGUACUCAUGGAUCACGCCACCGACACCGCCGCUGAGAACUUCGUAGUGGUUGACGGUGGGUACCUGAAUAUACUGUUUCAUAAUCUAACCCUCCCGCAGAUAUUCAGCAGUGGAAAACAGUAUGAGGUAAACGAGGAGGCUUUGAGAAAUAUAGUUCACUCAGCGAACAGUCAUAACACUACUAAUCUGAGUGGUAGUGAUGUCGUUGAGAAACUUAUGGAUCAGAUUAAGAAUAAAGAGUCUGAUAGAUCUUCAAGCUCGCCGUCUACUGCACGAAGUCUCAUUGAAGAAUUCGAUCAGUACUACAAAGAUCUGCACGAGGAUCAGAAAUCACCGCCCAGCUCUCCAGACCACGAAAGCGAUCACUCUAGUAAGGUUUAUGAAAUCAAAGAUACGAGUGUGCAGUCAAUGGACAACAAGUCAGAGAUUUUAGAGGACCGAUGUAGUCAAACUACUUCUACGCUGACGUUCAAGUCUGACACUACUUGUCGUGUCAACGAAUUAAGCUCGCCUCCAAGUGUAGAACAUUCGUGUGUGUGCGAGGUGGUGUCUGUGGAAAGUCAGUGUUCAAUAGAUAAGGAGCCAGUACUUACUAGUCAAACGCCGACGGGCCCGCUACCCGUGCCGGUCGGCGCCGCUGCUGUCGUGGACAGUCAGCCUCCAGAUGUUCCUACCUGUUUACCACCGAAGUCAACUGCAUCCUCUGCUUCAAUUUCAGAGACAGACAGCGUCAGUAGUCAGCCGCUGUGCGGGUCCGUGUCUUCGUUAACGACGCUCACGGCGCCGGUCCAUGUUGAGGCAGAGGAGCUGCGGAGACAACAACUAGAGAUAGAAAGAGAGAUAAAGGCUUUAGAACAACAGCAAUGUCGAUUGCUAGUUGUAAGAGAGAUUCCGGACAAGCCACCGCCGCCUUACACCCCGCCCACAGAAACUCGAGUCCCAAAACCCCCGCGCAUGUUUACGCCGGACGAAAAUUUAGAAGAAAAAGUAGAAAAACACAUUAUGGAUCCAGGAGGCAGUAUGUCUGACCAAUCAGAGGCCUUCAAUGUAUUUGUGCAAGAUUUUUGUCAGGAAUCAUUGGAAAGGCAUAAACACGAGCACAGCGAUAAGCCAUGGGACGCGUGUAAUCUGCUGCCGCAGAAGCCACCAGUGGAAGUUCACGAAUUGGUCGAGAAAACCACUUCAGAAUUAAAGGAGGUGCUCACCAGUGUCCCGCCUACUACCGUGUCUGGAGUUUCAAGUCGGCGGUCGGACCACAUCGACGACAUACUUUUCGCCGAGUGGCGGCGUUGCGAGCCCGAGUGGACUGCGCUGCAUGCCGACGAGGCUAUAGUUAAGAACCAGAUCUUUGAAAGCAUCUUCCAGAAAAUUCUUACCGACACAGUCGAUGAGUAUAAGAAAACCGUACAGUGCGAGGUAGCCACACCUGACUAAGGUUCUAAGAAUGGUGCUGCUAAGGCCCGCGCUAACCAACCAUGUGGCGGACCGUGCUACAGACACAAUUCCCACUCCAAUUAGAAUAACAACAUAUUUUUAUGUAAAUAUUUACUCAUAGCGCAAUUACUCGUGUUGUGUAGAAAUAAUGGAUACCUAGUUUUCUAUUUGGGUAUAUUGUACGUAUAGUGGUAUUCUAUUUAUUGAAAUUGUAUAAAACUUUACUAGACAAGAUUUUGAAAGGGAAAAAAUAAUGUCUUAUUUCUGUAAUUCAUCCUUUAUUGCAGACAGACGCUUAGCGACUUUUUAAUCUUUUUCAAAAUAUACAAUUUUACAAGUUCAGUUUUAGAUUCCAGACUUGGGCAUACAAUAGUAUCAAGCUCUUAUAUUCCAAGUAAUAUAGAUUAAGAUAACAAAGGAAUAAAUACGUGAAAUCUUUCCAAUAAUAUCAUAUUAUUAUAAUUAUUUAAUGAAGCAUAUUUGGUAUAGCUUGAAAAAUUGUACCUUUGUUGUUGUUAUAUUAUGUGUAUAGAAUAUUAUAU